AAUAUUUGUAUCUAGCCGGACUCGAUACUCUGCGGACCAGGAAAUAGAUCACGUGCGCGUUGUUGUUUUUUCUUGCCAUAAUGUUUUCUCGAUGAAGGAAGCUAAUAUGGUCCAUCCUGUUAGUAUGGGGGCUCUGUUGAAGGCGGCCCACCUGGAGGACGCCUCAUACCGGGACGAUGGCCUUUGUGUGGUCGGAAUUUUUGGUAAAAGUAACAUGAAGCCCGGACCCAUGAAGGAAUCCAUCAUAAACACUCUGGCGGACAAACACAUCUUCUCGCUCUUCGGUGGAACAGAGGACGGCAGCAGCACAGAGUGUGGCAGCAACAUCAGGGCUUUUUACGACCAGGAGAACCGGGUCCUGUACCUGCUGCUGUCUUCCGUCUAUGACAGUGGUCAGCUGCUGCAGGCCUGUCGGUCUCUGAGUGCCGCCAGCGGACACUCUGACGCCCAUGAGUUCUGGAAAGGCCUGGACAGACAGCACUGCCUCCAUCUACUUUACAUGUUCUCUGUGUGCCACGUCCUGCUGCUGGUCCAUCCGAAUCAGACCUUCGAUGUGACCUAUGACCGGCUUUUCAGAGCCCUGGACGCUCUGCGACAGAAGGUUCUACCUUUAAUCCGAGUCGCCAUAAAAGACUGUGCAGUAUCUAAAGAAUGGAAAGUCAACUGUCGACCCUGUCCUCCACGUCUGCUGUUUGUCUUCCAGAUGAGCGGCACUCUAAAGGUCUCUGUUAAUGGCUCAGACUCUGGAGGGAACUCUGACAAGCCAAAGAAGCAUUCUCCCAGAAGAAGGCUACAACAUGCAUUAGAGGACCAAAUAUAUCGCAUUUUCCGUAAAAGCAGAGUCCUGACCAACCAAAGCAGUAAUUGCUUGUUCACGGUGCCUGCCAACCAAGCGUUUGUUUAUGUGAUACCAGCAGGAGAAGAGGACCCUGUGGGGGCACUGUUGGGCCAGCUCCGUUCCAAUUGCGUUUUGGGUGAGCAGGAUUCCAGCACAGCUGUGUCAGGACCAAGGCGCUAUCAGCAGAUGCGUCGUUCAUCUCGGGUGUCUGGAGGCACAGAUUCAGGCAUGGCACCACCAGGGGGGCAGCUAGUGGACUGCAGCCUGAAGGAGUUCCUUUGGCAGCAUGUAGACCUGGUUCUUACUAAGAAAGGCUUCGAUGAUAGCGUAGGCCGGAACCCACAGCCUUCACACUUUGAGCUGCCAACCUACUCCAAAUGGGUCCAAGUGGCUUCCAGGCUGCACCAGGUCCUCAUCGGCAGCACAGAGGAGGAAAUGGCCGAGCUUGUCGUCAAAGUGCAAAGCCAACUUAAAGUUCUGGAGGGUUAUCUUGAUGCUGACACAAAGUACUCUGACAACAGGUGCCAGAAGGCUCUACCACUCGCCCACAGUGCCUACCAGUCCAACCUCCCCCACAACUACACAACCACAGUACACAAAAACCAGCUGGCGCAGGCGCUGCGUGUCUACAGCCAACAUGCCCGUGGUGUUGCCUUCCAGCGCUACGCUCUGCAACUUCAUGAGGACUGCUACAAGUUCUGGAGUAAUGGCCACCAGUUGUGUGAGGAGAGAAGCCUUACUGAUCAGCAUUGUGUUCACAAGUUCCACCUGCUGCCUCUGCCAGGAGAGAAGCCAGACAUGGAUCGCAAUCCACCCAUCCUGAACCACAACAGCAGGGGGCGCUCCACCAGUUCCUGUAAUUGUGGAAGGAAACAGGCUACAAGAGAGGAUCCAUUUGACAUCCAGGCUGCUAAUUAUGACUUCUACCAGAUGCUGGAGGAGAAAUGCUGUGGGAAGCUCGACAGAAUCGAGUUUCCUGUGUUCCAGCCCAGUACUCCUGACCCAGCUCCAGCCUGCAAUCAAACUCAGCAACUCCCAUGUGAGGCCCCGGGGUCUGGAGAGGAAGCAAAGCUGAAAGAACCCAGCACUGCCCAGAGCCAUACACCUGGAGACCCCAGCCUCAGCCUGGCUCUGAGUCUUGGCCAGUCCACCGACAGCCUGGGGCCAUAUGCCGACGGGGAUGGAACCGAAAGCCAAGUGCAACACAAGAGGCCAAGCCUUGUGGACCGGCAGCCCUCUACUGUGGAAUAUCUCCCUGGUAUGAUGCACUCUGGAUGCCCAAAAGGCCUGCUGCCCAAGUUCUCCAGCUGGUCCCUAGUCAAACUGGGACCUGCCAAGUCUUACAACUGUACAACUGGACUGGAACAGCCCAGCUUCCUGCCUGGCUCCUUCCUCUUACCGUGGGACUUGGUGAUUCGCUCUCGUUCGGAGGAAGAGGUGGGACUGACAGAGCCACUUGAUGGCGGUACAACAACCUGGCCUGCUCCCAACAAGACCCUGGUGGGAAGCGAUGGAAGCACUGGAGGUCUAGGUCGGAGUCGCAAAAGGGACGAUGUGGCUCGGGUCUUUGUGGGGUUUGAGUAUGAAGACAGCAGGGGCAGACGCUUCAUCAGCUGUGGACCUGAUAAAAUUGUGAAGGUGCUGGGGCCAGGGGGCGCCAAAGAGCCUGCCACCAGGGUCCUGAACAUAGACAUGCCACUCUACAUCCCCUCCCCCUCACAAGGACGUGGCCUCAAGCCUCACUUUGCACAACUGGCUCGUCUGUUUGUUGUGGUGCCUGAUGCCCCACUGGAGGUUACCCUGAAUCCACAGGUCCAGGCUGGCCCUCCUCCCUGCCCGGUUUUCCACCCGGAGCAGACAGACUUGGUGUUGCCCUGUGACAGUUUUUGGGUGUUGAGAUUCCCUUACUCCUAUGCUACAGAGCACGGCCCAUGUUAUCCGCCCAAAGAAAACCAACCCCUCAGCGAUUACAAGGUGCUGCGAGAUCUGAGGGCCGUCACUGGCAGCCCCCCACCACAGUGAGCUAUAACCCCUCCCAAGUAAACCUGAUGACACACCUGUUUAUACACUUUCUCCUGGAAGUCACUUAUGGUAUGAAUGCUCAAAAGCAAAGAGACAGAGGAGCUAUGGGAAGAAGAAUCCAAAAGAAAUGUGACGCUGUUGAAGUUUGUUUGAGCAAACUAUAGAGAAAAGGGUCUGGAAAAGGACUUAAAUUUGAUGUUUUCAAAUAUCAUUUAUCCCUCGAAUGAAAGAUGGUCAAAAGGUGAUCUCAAAACAUGUUGUGGGCAAGCCUUGGUCAUCAUAAUAAUAAUUAAAAAUCUGGAAAAAUCUUUGUGUUCCUCUUUAUCUCCAUCUUCUAGUCAUGUUUAAUAAUAAAAAGCUGCAUCAUUCCCUC